AUGAAUUUAACUAUUCUCCUAUUACUCGGAUUUUUUGUGAUCGUAGUCGCAGCGGAUAGUUCCAAGAGCACCGUUGACGAAAAGGAAGAAGUUGCUGUCGCUAAGAAAAAAGAGAAUGCUAUCGAUGUCUCAAAGACCGACAGUGCCGCGAAAUCGGAGGAUCACAAGAAAAAGGAGAAGACAGAAAAACUUCUCGUACGACAGAGACGAGGUGCUAAACGUCGCCUUAAGAAGAAACUACGUCGACUACGUCGUCAGAAGAGCUAUCUGGCACGACAUGACCAAGAGAUUAUCAACAAAUUAAAAGCGGAAAAGAAAGAAGCACUGAAAGAAGUGAAAACCCUACAGGAGGAGAAAAAAAGGGACAAAAAAACAAGCGGGUCUAGCGCAGUCGACCCCACCGCGACUGCGACUGAAGUCCGAGGAACGCUCGAGACCGGGCUUGAGCCAACCAAGCUAUCGGCUCGCCCACGCAAGUCAUUUGUACAGGCUAGGCACAGGUUCCUAAAACUGAUUUUCCACACGGAUACUUCAACUUCUAUGGGACGCAGCCACCCCAGAAUAUACAUCGACGUGUUCGCAGUUAUUCGCUCACAACGCUCACCGAUCAAAGAAGGACUUCGAGCAUCCUCUAGAAUUACUGGUAUGCUCAGCAAGUCGGGGACACGAAAUAUGUUAUUUGCUAUUUUUUUCGGGUUAUUGUCUUUAAUUGUAGCGUUGAAGGACGGGGAAAUGGAACUACUUCUGGUACAAGUGAUAUGGCGACAUGGAGACCGAUCACCAACAUUAACAUUUGCAUCCGAUCCUAUUAAAGAAAAUAGAUGGAAAUUUGGAGGCGGAGGUUUCGGGCAGCUUUCUCCGAUAGGAAUGAAACAACAUUUGGAGUUUGGAAAACAAUUACGGAAAACUUAUGUCGAUACGGGAUUUUUAGGCGCACGAUAUUCGUCCAAAGAGGUCUAUUUCCGUUCCUCUGAUGUUAAUAGAACUAUAAUUUCUGCUAUGGCAAAUAUAAUGGGUAUGUAUGGACAAAGCAACGGUAGCAAUAUCAAAGAUGUUGACUAUCCGGAUGUAGAAGGUUGGCCGCAAGGAUUUGUUCCCAUAGCAGUGCACACGGUAGAUCACGACACCGAUCAUACUCUGGUUCCCCAUGCACCAUGUGAUCGACAGACACAACUGUGGAAAAUGGCAAAACAGUCCGAGGAGGUCCGAGGAUUCCUAACCAGUCCUACUGUGGAAAACUUGAUGAAGCAUCUAACAUUGAAAUGUGGAGAAGUAGUGGAUGCCGAUAAUUUAUGGAUAGUACAGGAUGCUUUUAAGAUCGAGCAACGUCACUUAAAUGAAGACUUACGACGAGAAAAUAAAUGGUUCUCGGACAAACUCUAUGGAGAGAUCACGAAGGUUAACAAUCAAAUUCAGCUUUAUAACAAUGGGAUUUAUGCCAAGCCGAUUAUCAUGAACAAUCUCGAUAUUGGAUUGGAACUUCAGAAAAUCCGUGGAGGAUCAAUGUUUAACGAUCUCAACAUGCACAUGAACAUAAAAUUUGACUGUUUGAAUAAUAAUCAUCGACCACAAUGUUCGUGGGUCAGCGGUCUGAAAUAUUACGUUUAUUCAGCCCACGACACUACAAUUUAUGCUUUUCUCUCUGUUAUGGGAAUUCAGACAAAAGUUGUUGGUUCUGGUGGUGGAUAUCCAGAUUAUACAGCGGCUGCAUUUAUUGAAUUAUGGUACAACACAACAGAUAAAAAACCUUAUUUCAAAAUGUCCUAUCGCGCUAGUGAUUUAAAUCCAGAAAUACAUCCCAUAACUCAUCAUAUAGAUGCUUGUCGUGGUAAAACCUAUUGUGAUUUGGAAGUGUUCAGAAGUUAUGCGGCAAGAACGAAGCCUGACGAAACGAUGGACAAGUGGUGUAGUGUGGAUCCACUGACGUCGGCCGCAGCGUUACGAUCCGUUCUAACGAUAGGUCCGAUUCUGAUUUCUUAUAUAUGGUCUCACAUUUGA